AUGUCUGCACCGGCCAUGGCUUCUGCACCUGCAGGAGGUGCUUCCAGCAAUGCUACUUUUCGUGAUAAGGAGAAGCCUAUGGCGGUGCGCUCUUCCAACAUCGUCGCUGCCCGAGCCGUCGCCGAUGCCAUCAGAACUUCCCUCGGUCCUCGAGGAAUGGAUAAAAUGAUUCGAGGUGGAAAGGGCGAAACUAUCAUCACCAACGAUGGAAACACCAUGCUGAAGAGCAUGGCUGUCAUGCAUCCCACAGCAAAGAUGCUUGUCAACCUUUCUGGCGCUCAGGAUGUCGAGGCUGGUGACGGAACAACCUCCGUCGUCGUCAUUUGUGGCAGUCUUCUCGGUGCUGCUGACCGACUUCUUUCCAAGGGUAUUCACCCCUCCGUCAUUUCGGAGUCGUUCCAAAGAGCUGCCGCCGCUGCCGUCGAGGUCCUUCACGACAUGUCCCUCCCCAUCACCCUUAGCGACACCUCCUCGCUUCUUCAAGCCGCCAACACAUCUCUGUCAUCCAAGAUCGUGUCACAAUAUUCGAACCUGCUUGGACCUAUGGCGGUGAACUCGGUCACAAAGACUAUCGACCUCAAGACUGCCGACAACGUUGAUCUUAAGAACAUCCGAAUUGUCAAGCGAGUUGGUGGAACGAUCGAGGAUAGUGAGCUUGUCGAUGGUCUGGUCCUUACCCAGCCUGUCCUCAAGAACGGUGGUGGCCCUGCCCGUAUGGAGAAGGCUCGAAUUGGUCUCAUCCAGUUCCAGUUGAGCCCUCCCAAGCCUGACAUGGAGAACACCAUUCAGGUCAACGACUACCGGCAGAUGGACAAGAUCGUCAAGGAGGAGCGAUUAUACCUUCUUAACAUGGCCAAGAAGAUUAAGAAGGCCAAGUGCAAUGUCCUGCUUAUCCAGAAGUCUAUCCUACGAGAUGCCGUCAACGACCUAUCACUACACUUUUUGGCCAAGCUUGGCAUCCUAGCUGUUAAAGAUAUUGAGCGUGAUGAGGUUGAGUUCAUCUGCAAGUCUACUGGCUGCAAGCCCAUCGCCGACAUUGACUCUUUCACCGAGGAUAAGCUGGGAUACGCUGAUUUGGUUGAGGAGGUUCAAUCUUCCGGAUCGCGCAUGAUUAAGGUUACUGGUACCAAGUCUGUCGGCAAGACUGUGUCCGUCGUUGUUCGAGGUGCCAACUCUCUGAUUCUGGAGGAGGCCGAGCGAAGUCUGCACGAUGCUCUCUGUGUUGUGCGAUGUCUGGUCAAGAAGAAGGCCCUCAUCGCUGGUGGCGGCGCCCCUGAGAUUGAGAUUGCGGCACAGCUCUCCAAGCAAGCGCGUAGCUUGACGGGCACCGAGGCCAUUUGCUGGAAGGCCUUUGCGGACGCUCUUGAGGUUAUCCCCACCACGCUGGCCGAGAAUGCUGGUUUGAACAGCAUCAAGGUUGUUACAGAACUGCGACACCGCCACGAGAUGGGCGACAAGAACGCUGGUGUCAGUAUUAAGUCGGGAGGUGUUAACACCAACAUCUCCAAGGAGAACGUGUUGCAGCCUCUCCUCGUGAGCACAAGUGCGAUCGAGCUGGCGGCUGAGACUGUCAAGAUGAUUCUGAGGAUAGACGACAUUGCCUUGACCCGAUAG